AUGGACGGGGGGAAGAGCUACCACUCGCCACACGCACACCAGCAGCCGGGCAGCACGUUGUACGGGGUAACGGCCUUUCAGUCCCAGGCCGGCAUGCCUGCCAUAGAGAAUUCUGCGCUACCUACCAGUUGGUGGAAUCCAGUCCCUUAUUUGUCUGCUCCGUACUCCGCUCCAUCUUAUCUGAGCGACAACCAGCAAUAUUUUAGUACCACUUCGGAUUUCUACACAAAUUCCAUCAGCAGGCAGCCGUUCUCGGAUACCAACUAUGCAACUUCGGGCCUCGCCAGCAUCUUUCCCAAAAACGGCGAUUUUCCUCAGGAUUCUUCAUACCUCAACGAACUCUCCAACAACUCCCUCUUCUCCUCCCCGGCCGACUCGCUCUCGGACAUAGCCGACUCUCAGGAAUUCGUGCCCGCCGACAGCCUCAACGUGCCAACGAUAUGGGACGUCAACACGCCACAACAGAACCAAAUAGAGCUCCUGCCUCCCGACCUGCAAGGCUUACAGGGUUUGCAAGCGAUGGACAGCCGCGUCGCGGGGGUUCAGGACACCCCCCUUCUCUCGAGCCUCCAGUCCCAAACUCAGGUAGAAGAGGAGGAGGAGGGGGAUGACGACGAGGCAGAAGAGCUGGGCCAUGCGGAGACGUACGCGGACUACGUCCCCUCCAAAUCGAAAAUCGGGAAGCAGCACCCCGACCGGGUGGUUGAAACGAGCACCCUCUCCAGCGUCCCCCCGCCCGACAUCACCUAUGCGCUGUCCCUCCCCGCCUCGAUCGCUGACAACGGGUGGCUCUCUGCCCUCCAGCUGGAAGCGAUUACUUACGCCUGCCAGCAACACGAAGUUUUACUCCCCAACGGGCAAAGAGCCGGCUUCCUCAUCGGGGACGGUGCUGGAGUCGGGAAGGGCCGGACUGUGGCAGGGAUCAUCUUCGAAAAUUACCUGAAGGGGAGGAAGAAAUCCUUGUGGUUCAGCGCCUCUAAUGAUCUCAAGUAUGAUGCCGAGAGGGACUUAAAGGAUAUCAAUGCAUCCAACAUUCCUGUCCACGCUUUAAAUAAGAUUAAAUACGGCGACACGGCUACCUCGGAAGGAGUCCUAUUUGCCACUUACUCCGCCCUGAUCGGUGAAAGCCAGGCAGGGGGCCAGCACAGGACCCGCUUGAAACAGAUCCUGGAUUGGUGCAAGGAGGACUUUGACGGUGUUAUUGUGUUUGACGAAUGCCACAAAGCCAAAAACGCCAGCUCCACCAAGAUGGGCAAAGCAGUAUUAGACCUGCAGAACAAACUGCCUCUUGCGAGGGUGGUCUAUGCCAGUGCCACAGGUGCCUCCGAGCCAAAGAACAUGAUCUACAUGAGCCGGCUGGGGAUUUGGGGGGAGGGCACGCCUUUUCAAUCGUUCGAUGAAUUCCUCCAUGCCAUUGAGAAGCGGGGCGUCGGUGCGAUGGAAAUUGUCGCCAUGGACAUGAAAGUCAGUGGGAUGUACAUCGCUCGGCAGCUCAGCUUCUCCGGGGUCACCUUCCGGAUAGAAGAGAUCCCGCUAGACCCCGAGUACAAGCUGGUCUACAACAGAGCGGCCCAGCUGUGGGCAGAAGCCCUGGUGGUUUUCCAGCAGGCCGCCGACCUGAUUGGCUUGGAGUCCCGGAAGUCUUUGUGGGGGCAGUUCUGGUCGGCUCACCAGCGCUUCUUCAAGUACCUGUGUAUAGCUGCAAAGGUCCGGCGUCUCGUCGAGCUGGCCAAAGAGGAGCUCAGCAAGGACAAGUGCAUCGUAAUCGGGCUGCAGUCGACGGGGGAGGCUCGUACCCGGGAGGUCCUGGACGAGAACGAGGGGCAACUCAACUGCUUCGUUUCUGCUGCUGAAGGCGUCUUUCUCUCACUAAUUCAGAAGCACUUUCCUUCAACCAAACGAAAACGAGGAACUGGCAUUAAAAGAAAACGGAAGCAGAGGGGCCGCUGCCCCAAGCCCCCCAAGGCCCUGUGUGACCUGACGAGCGCCGUCAUCAAGAUCAGCUCGGACAGCAGCUCGGACUCCGAGGCCGGGCUGGAGAGCGACUUCAACUCCUCCCCCGAGUCCCUGUUCGACAACGACGACGUGAUCUUCGUUGAGCGCACCUCCAACGGCUUUGUGUGCGACGACCCAGGCAGUUCAUACCUGCUGGGUUCCCAGAAGGAAAUGCACGGCCCAGGAGCCCUGGAGCAUGUUGAGAAGAUGAAGCAGGACCUCCUGGCCAAGGUGAAGGCCCUGGGCAAAGACCUACCUCUCAACACCUUGGACAAACUGAUCGAUCACUUUGGUGGGCCGGAGUGCGUGGCCGAGAUGACCGGGCGGAAAGGGCGAGUUGUGCGCCGGCCGGACAGCUCCAUUGUGUUCGAGUCGCGGGCCGAGCAAGGGCUGUCGAUCGACCACGUGAAUCUGAAGGAGAAGGAGCGCUUCAUGAAUGGAGACAAACUUGUAGCAAUAAUCUCCGAAGCCUCCAGCUCAGGGAUUUCUCUCCAAGCAGAUAGACGGGUAAAGAAUCAAAAGCGACGUCUUCACAUGACGCUGGAAUUGCCCUGGAGCGCCGACCGAGCCAUACAGCAAUUUGGCAGAACACAUCGCUCCAAUCAAGUCUCCGCCCCAGAAUAUAUCUUCCUCAUCUCCGAACUGGCCGGUGAGCGACGGUUUGCCUCCAUCGUGGCCAAACGCCUGGAAAGCCUUGGUGCCUUAACUCACGGGGACAGAAGAGCUACUGAAUCCAGAGAUCUCAGCAAGUACAAUUUUGAAAAUAAGUAUGGGUCCAAAGCCCUAGACAGGGUCCUCCUCACCAUCCUCAACCAGACCGAGAACGAAGUCCCCGUGCCAAGGAGCUACCUCAGAGGAGAGGCCGCUUUUUUCCAUGAAAUGAAGCAAAGCCUCCUCUCGGUUGGGAUCUGUUGCAGAGAGAUGCGCUACGGAUACGCGGAGAAAGACUGCUCCAUCACCAAGUUCUUGAACCGCAUCUUGGGCUUGGAGGUCCACAAGCAGAAUUUGCUCUUCCAGUACUUCAGCGACACUUUUGACUACCUGAUCGACAGGGACAAGAAAGUGGGGAAAUACGACAUGGGGAUUCUGGACUUAGCUCCCGGCAUCGAUGAGAUCUAUGAAGAAAGCAAGGAGAUUUUCUUGACCCCGGGACACCCCCAGGAUGGGCAGGUGGUCUUUUAUAAGAUCAGCGUCGACCGAGGCUUGAAGUGGGAAGAGGUCUAUGAGAAGUCUCUCCAACUGACGGGCUCCUACGACGGCUUCUACCUCUCCUACAAGGUUCGGGGCAACAAGUAUACCUGUCUGCUGGCGGAACAGAACCGGGGGAAGUACUUCACUCUCUACAAGCCGAACAUGGGCAAGCAGACCCAGUUGGAGAGCCUCGACAGCCUCCAGAAGAAGUACCAAAGGGUGUUGCCAGAACAAGCCAAAGAACACUGGGAGAGCUGCUACACUUUCUCUCUGAAGCACUGCAACCAUGCUGUGUGGAACCAGAAUUGCAAACUCGUCCAGGAGGGGAAGGAGUGCUUCCAAGGCACCCGCCUACGCCACCACUACAUGCUGUGUGGGGCCCUGCUGCGCGUGUGGAGCAAGAUCGCCAGCAUCAUGGCCGACAUCACCAACACCCACUAUCUGCAGAUUGUCCGACUCAAGACCAAGGAGAAGAAGAAGCAAGUCGGCAUCAAGAUCCCAGAGAGCUGCGUCCGGCAGGUGCUGCAGCAGCUGACCCAGAUGGAUGCCAAUGUGAAGCAGAAGAAGAGCCAGGUGCUGGCAGCUGCCCAGGGGGGCAACAUGCCCUACCCCCUGCUCCAGCAGCCACUGGGCUUCCCCCAGCCAGGAGGCUUUCUGCCGCAGGACGAGGUCUUGGACUUGACUUACAGCCCGCCCGCCGAUGGCCUGGUAGACCUGGGGGGCGCCGGGGAGCCUCUACCCUUCUGGGAGGAUGCCGCCCACCAGCCCCCGGCCCCGGGGGCCCCCUCACCAUUGCAUUUCAGCUUCCCCGCCUCCUUUGACGGCACGGCCUUGGGCCCUGCCCAGCACGAACCCUUGCCCCCCGCCCAGGCCCCCCCACCGCUGGCCGAAGUGCCGGUGCUCGACCCGGACAUUAAUUACAAGGAGCUCCUGGAGGAGAUGCUGAACUCGCUCAACGUGGAACCCCGCGACAGCGCCCAGGACCGCCAGAGCGUCAUCCAGUUCAGCGGGCCCUUCUCCAGCUUCUAG